AGAAAAUUUACCUUCCUGUUGUUAGUCAGUGAGGUAUGUCUUUUCAACAGGAGUGUCUUUCCUCUCCAUGACUGAGUUUGUCAAGUGAAGUCACUUGUUAUGGAAGGUUUCAGGGCUACUAGAACCAUUCUUUCAUUGACACGAUCUUCUUAUGUUGUUUGGCGACAGGUGCUAAGGAAAGAAUCGACGAUUUCUCCUCAGACUAAUUUGAUUCAGGAUUUAUCAUAUUUGAAACAGGAACCAAAAUUAGCAGCAGCGUCAGAGAUAGUGAAACGAUAUGACACUUUUUUAUUCGAUGUUGAUGGAGUUUUGUGGAACACAGAUGAGUCUCCCAUACCUGGAAUAACAGAUUCUCUGGAAAAACUUAAAGAACUGGACAAGACGGUGAUACUUGUAACCAACAACAGCAUAAACAGUAGAAAAUAUUUGCAGAAAGUUAUUAAAAGACGACUUGGAUAUGACUUUCCGAAAGAAAAUAUAUUCACUGUGGCAUAUACAGCAGCUUUGUUCGUGAAGGAAAUUGCAAAUGUACAGGGAACGGUGUACUUGAUGGGCAGUCCCGGCAUGGCAUCAGAAAUGGAUGAUUUGGAGAUAAACCAUGUUGGUUUUGGUCCCGACCCAGAUCCACCUUCUAUGGACCCCCAAGAAAUUCUUCAAAGACCCCUCCAUGAAAAUAUUGGUGCUGUUGUCGUAGGGAUGGACCCAUAUAUCGGUUUCAAUAAGUUCUCCAAGGCUGCUAGUUAUCUGUAUAACCCCAAUUGUUAUUACGUAGCUACAAACUGUUUUGAAGGAGGGUUGCAUGUAGGUCAAGGAAAAGUGAUGCCAAUAACAGGCACUUUUGUUACUGCUCUCAACUUUCUAUCAAAAAGAGAACCUGUUGUUAUAGGAAAGCCACACAAAUAUAUGCUAGAGUGUAUAGAAACCAAGCACUUUAUCCAAAGAGGUCGGACCAUCAUGGUAGGAGACAAUUUGAGAGCUGAUAUAGGUUUUGCCAAGACAGUAGGAAUUGAUUCUUUAUUAGUUCUUAGUGGAGCUAAUAAUCUGCAAGAUGUGCAGGAAAAUCUAGAAAGUGAUUGCCCCUCCAAAAAAAAUCUUAUUCCUGAUUAUUAUGCCAUGUCUCUUGCUGAUUUAUGCAAAUCAUUGUAAAGUAUAUAUUCAUGUGAUACCGGUACAUGUCAGUUUAGAUAUUUAUAUGUAUACAGUUUACAUAUAUAAUUUAUAAAUUAUUUAAUUAAGUCAUGCAGUCAAUAUUCCCAAAUUUUUUGUUGUAAGCUUAGUGAAAAAUCAUUUUUGAUGAUGAUUAGUGUUGCAGAUUUUUAUCAUUUUUUAGAGUGUUCUUUUUAGAGUGUUACAUUUAGUUACACAGGAAAUUAUCAAAAUGCAAUUAUAUGAGAUUUUGGUCAAAACACUUAAAGAAGUUUUCCAAGGAUAGCUAACCAUUUUAAGCUCAAACUAACCAAGUAAAAGAAAGUUCAAGUAAAAUAGGCUAACUGCUUUUUAAAGCCUUGCAUUUAUGUAAAUAGACUUGAUUUUUUAAUUUACUCUUCCACUUAAAAAGGAUAUAUGGCAGGCUGUAGACUAAGUGAGCAAAUAUAGGAAAAAUUGAGGCCACAAAAUUUCCAUGAACAGUCACUGAAACUGGAUUUUCUGAAGUGAUUUGAUAUGUGAGCCAGUCAAUACUAGGAAUGUCAAUUUUCCAAAAGAAAGAGAAGUAAGAUAUAAAUUUCUAAUGCAAACCAUGGAAAUAUCUUUUAACAAAGCAUGGAAAAGUAAAUUACAGAUGCUUAUAUAAGCCAUCCUGGUCACAACCCAACUUGUUUAUAAAAUUAAAUGGAGAAUUUAUUAAGUAUUUUGGCGUGGAUUGAUACAAAACACAGAAAAUUCCAGGAAUAAACAAUAUUUUUGUCUCUCAGUGCUCAAGAUAAAGAAUUACCUAAAAAAUCUUGUAUGGUCAUUUUACCACAUGUGACAUAUGCCAAGAGAGAAGUGUCAAGCAUUCCUUGUAUUUUAAAUUGUGUACAAAUUGUAGUUUGUGAUCAAUGUUAGUAAUUUCAAUAUUAGGAAAGAAAGAAAUAUCCCUUUUUGAUAUACUCUGACAACUCUAAAAGUGAAAUGGGAAAUGUUAAGCAACAAGUUUGUGAAGUAUUGUUAUAUGCCAAUAUACAUUUGCUUU